AGAACCCAUAUGUGUGACAAAUGUUUCCUCCUCCUGGUUCUAAAAGAACCUUGUCCCACUCAGUGUUCACUGUGACUAGUUAACGGACACUUCUCUCAUUUGGCUGUUUGCUUCCUGACGACGUAGUCUUAGCCCAACAUGAAGCCAGCGGCCACCAGCCCUGCACCGGGGGAUGAGAGUAAGAGUGUCCCUCUUCCCCAAGGCUGGAGAGGUUACAAGUCACCCGAGGGAUGCAGGUACUAUGUCAACACCGGCAGCAAAGGUGUUCUUCCAGAAACAACAUGGGAACGGCCCUCUGCUACUUAUGGAACCCCAGUGAGACCACCGGCACAAAGAAACUCCUUACCAGAAGUCAAUGGAACACGUUACACCACAGGAAGAGCUAUGCAUCCCACGGACCCCCCUGGCGUGCCCCUACGGAGAACCACUAUGGACAAACAGUCCUGCUUUGAGCAGCUAUGAACCUGGGCCAAGAAGUAUUACACGCCAACCCACGUGACUAAUUACCCAGCGAUAGUGAGUACCCCGUCAUCAGCUAACGGGAGAAUACAUGGACAGAUUUGGGCCAUAUGGGCAGCUGAGAUUUGGACCACGCCGCAGGGUUUGUUGACAGAUGUUGUAAGGACAACAGCAAGAUAAUCUUCAUAGCUCAAACUGGGAGAACUGGGCGUCCUGGGCUUCUGGGAAAGUCCGCUGGCUGGAUUGCCGCGCUCCGAGCAGCCCGGACACAUCGGUAGGUGCUGGUCAACGGCGCCAUG